AUGUCUGAUUUCGUAGACUUAAUGAAGAGAGGUGGUAACCAAGCCAUCAGAAUCAACCCUCCAACUGGUGCUGAUUUCCACAUCACCAACAGAGGUUCUGAUUGGUUAUUCUCAGCAUUCUGUGUUUUCAUGUUCUUUGCCCUAUUAUUAAUUGCUUUAAUGUUCAGAAAACCAGUUACCGAAAGAAAAUACUAUUACACUGCUAUUGCCCCAAUGUUCUUCAUGUCCAUUGCUUAUUUCACCAUGGCUUCUAACUUGGGUUGGACUCCAAUCAGAGCUGAAUUCAACCACGUCAGAACUAGCACUCAAGUUGAACACCCAGGUUACAGACAAAUUUUCUACGCUAGAUACAUUGGUUGGUUCUUGGCUUUCCCAUGGCCAAUUAUUCAAGCUUCUAUCUUAGGUAACACCCCAUGGUUACACAUGGCUUUCAACGUUGCUAUGGUUGAAGUUUUCGUCGUCUGUUGGUUGAUUGCUUCUUUGAUCCAUUCUACUUAUAAAUGGGGUUACUACGUCUUCGGUAUCGCUGGUGCCAUUGUCUGUUCCAUCUCCGUUAUGACUACUACUAACAACUUGAUCAAGACUAAGAACGAUGCCAACUUAAGAAAAGUCUUUAUCUACUUCUACUCUAUCAUUAUGUUCUUCUGGUUCACUUACCCAGUUGCUUUCGGUAUCUCUGAAGGUGGUAACGUUUUGCAACCAGAUUCUGAACAUAUUUUCUACGGUAUCUUAGAUUUAUUGAUGAUGUGUGCCGUACCAUUGAUCUUCGUUGUCAUCAGUGGUUACAUGGGUGCUGAAAGAAUCGAAGGUAAGAAGUCUAAGGAUGUCGAAGCUUUAUCCAGUCCAGCUUCUCCAAAGAUUGGUUCUCCAUCUACUUUAGCUUCUCCAAAAUCUCCAAAAUCUCCAAAGUCACCAAAGUCUCCAAAGUCUCCAAAAUCUAAGAAGUCUAAGAAGUCUCACAAAUAA